UUGUAUCGUCCAAUGAGACGCCGCUUCUUCAGAAGCCAGUCCAGGGCCGGUUCCCUGAACUGAGCCAAGUCCUGGUACUCCUGGGUUUAUGGACCACUGACAGACCGUCCUCUGUCAGUCACCUUAUACACUUCAGUUCUUUAGCUCCGGCCUCCUCUGUCUCCACAUUCAUGACGGUUGCGUCCUGUGAUUCAGCAGUACUCGUCAUGCCGGUCCGAACAGAGUGCUGUACCACCACCGUCCCGGCCUCUUCAUCCUCGACCUCGCUUAUUCCUCCUGCCCCCAUCAAUACCCACCAGCCCGGGGUGGCUACCUCUCUACUGUACGGAGGCUCCCAGUUUCGCGGUUACCAGAAAAGCAAAGGGAACGCCUACGAUGUUGAGGUUGUUUUACAGCAUGUGACGUUGGAGGACUCUUACUUGUGUGGAUACCUAAAGAUAAAGGGACUGACUGAGGAAUAUCCCACGCUGACGACAUUCUUUGCUGGAGAAAUUAUCAGCCGUAAAAGACCUUUUUUAACACGAAAGUGGGACGCUGAUGAGGACGUGGACAGGAAGCACUGGGGCAAGUUCAAGCCUUUCUACAAAUAUGCCAAAAGUUUCAACACAGACGACUUUGAUUACGAAGCACUCGAGAACAGCGAUUACAUCUUCAUGAGGUGGAAGGAGCAGUUUUUAGUUCCUGACCACACCAUUAAAGACAUCAGCGGCGCUUCCUUCGCAGGUUUCUAUUAUAUCUGCUUUCAGAAAUCCACAGCGACAAUAGAAGGUUACUAUUACCACAGGAGUUCUGAAUGGUACCAGUCGCUCAUCCUUAACCACGUCCCAGAGCACAGUAUCCCCAUUUAUGAAUUUCGGUGACACGGAAACACCGAGCGCUGAGUAAAUAAGGAACAGAUGAUGCUGCUCUGGGCUGAGGUGGAACAUGAAUGACUGAACCCUUCAAUGACAAGUUUUUUAGGGGCAGUGACAUGGAUUUCCUUAUUGUAGGAAAAUAGACAUGGAGACAAGGGUGAAGGAAGGAUGGGAGAGAGAGAGGCAGAAGUGAGGGUUAAGGUUAAGGUUGAACUUUAUUGUUCCUGCGCUGGGGGAAUUGUUGAACAGGUCAGGAAGACAGUUGCAGAACUGCUUUCAUUCUCAAAUCUGUUUUUAUUUUACCCUCGUGCGGCUCAUUUGACUGGCCUCUCAGAAGGUCCGUCACCCUGUAGUUGAACAUCUAAAGUCUUCCCUCUGUGGGAACACGCCGAUCAUGGUCUGGUCUUUUAGGCAAGACUUGGAGUUAAAGCAGUUUUGUUUGUCAAAUCCUUAUUUAUUUUCUUAUUUCAUCAUCACAAUCAUGACUUACGCUGGGUUUGGUGAAGGGGGUAAUACUUGACAGGUUGACAGAGGAAAAGGUCAUUAAAUAUAUAUAUUUUUUCUACCUGGUUACCUGGUUAAGAUUCUCAUAACCAAUCUUUUUUUUUCACAUUCAAAAUAUAAAAAGUAUCCCCACGUGGACACCAAAGCUCAAUCAAUGUAAACGGUUUUAUUUUCCACUUUUUAA